AGCUGUGAGUGUCGAUGGGCCCUUUUCUGCCAAGCAGAACCGCUGGAAUCUGGAAAGCGGUGAGCCAAUUCUUUUGGGAGCGUCUUCCGGACAGUUCGAACUCUCAAUCAACAGUUGACCCAACCCCCCAAAUCCUGGUACGGCUCCAAGGGGAAGGGCCGGUCCAUCGACUGGCCGAUUGUGGGGCCUGCCGGUCCGCCGAACGCCGGUCGACUGGCUCGUGUGGUGGGUGCAACGAAAGAUGUCAUCCCGUCAUCCCGGCACCCCCUCGCCCGACCAGCGAACUCCAACCAGCCUUCUCGCGAACCAUCCUAGCGGCUUCGAAUUAUUUCAGACCGGCCCACAACCAAGUAAUGUAAACAGAUUGUAACUGUGACCAUGCCUCCCCAACUUCAUCAUGAAGACGACGACUCCGCCAAGCCGAAAUUCAGCCACCUUCCGCUCAGCACGAGUGGCCCACUGAAAUGCGCGCUCAAAGGCACCGUGCUGCUAAACCACUCCUACUUCAACAAGGGGUCCGCCUUCACUAAGAAGGAGCGUCACGAUUUCGCGUUGUCAGGUUUGUUGCCGCAGAGUGUCCAGACGCUGGACCAGCAGGUGCAGCGUGCCUACGAGCAGUACUCGGCGCGGCCGGACGAUCUUGCCAAGAACACCUUCCUGACGUCCAUGAAGGACCAGAAUGAGGUGCUGUACUUCAAGCUGCUGCUGGAUCAUCUCGACGAGAUGUUUAGCGUCGUGUACACGCCCACUGAGGGAGACGCCAUCCAGAAUUAUUCGCGGUUGUUUAGGAGACCGCAGGGGGUGUUCUUGAACGUGCACGACAUCGACCGGGUGCAUCACGAUCUGUCGCUGUGGGGGAUGUCCGACGACAUUGACUAUAUUGUUGUGACAGACGGCGAAGAGAUCCUCGGCAUCGGAGACCAGGGAUGCGGGGGCAUUCUGAUAUCCGUCGCCAAGCUGGCCCUCAUGACCCUCUGCGCCGGCAUACACCCGAAUCGGGUGUUGCCUGUGGUCUUGGACUGCGGUACGGACAAUGAGACACUGUUGAAAGACCCGCUGUACCUCGGCCUCAGAGAGAAGCGGGUCAGGGGCGAGGAGUAUGACAGGUUCAUUGAAACCUUCGUCAAGUCUGCCCGGGAGCUGUACCCGAGGGCCUUCAUACACUUUGAAGACUUCGGCUUUCAGAACGCACGGCGGCUCCUCGACAGGUGGCGGCCAGACAUCCCCUGCUUCAACGAUGACGUCCAAGGAACUGGGUGCGUGACCCUCGCCGCUAUAUUCGCCGGCCUGCAUGUGUCGAAGAUGAAGUUGAGUGACCUUCGCAUGGUUGUGUUUGGUGGAGGGACGGCCGGUGUCGGUAUCGCAGACCAAGUCCGCGACGCCAUCGCGACUGAGCGUGGCAUCACCAAGGAGGAAGCCGCACGGCAGAUAUGGCUUGUUGACAAACCGGGGCUUCUGACUGACCAAAUCGAGAGGCUUUCGGAUGCCCAGAGAACCUACGCCAGGUCAGAAGACUGGACCGAUAAGGAGACAAACCUUUUUGGAGUGGUGAAGGAGGUCAAGCCGAAUGUGCUGAUCGGCACAUCCACCGUGCCAAAGUCGUUCACGGAGGAGAUCGUGCGCGAGAUGGCAGCCCAUGUCGACCGACCCAUUAUCCUGCCGCUCUCCAACCCCACGAAGCUGCAUGAAGCGACCCCGGCCGACCUGUUCUCAUGGACUGGCGGCAAGGCGCUUGUGGCCACGGGCAGUCCGUUCAAACCCGUCAAGGGCCCUUGGGGCCCGGAAGGCAAAGAGGUGCACAUCGAGGUGGCCGAAUGCAACAACAGCGUCGUUUUCCCGGGAAUAGGACUCGGCAGUGUGCUGUGUCGAGCCAGACUUGUGACGGACAAGAUGCUGAUUGCCUCAGUCAAUGGUGUGGUGGGGCACAGUCCGGCACUGAGAAAUGAUACGGCGCCGCUGCUGCCGGGUGUUGGUGCGGUGCGCGAGGUGAGCGUCAGAGUUGCGAGGGAGGUGAUUCAAGCUGCCGUGGAGGAAGGGGUCGCGACGGAAGAAGGCAUCCCAAAAGAUGAGAAAGAGCUGGAUGAAUGGAUUAUGGAGCAGAUGUGGGAUCCUGUGUACCGACCGCUCCAGUACGUCGAAGCUCACAGCGCGAGUCGCCAGGCCAAAGGGGAAUUGCGCGUCGUCGGCAGUUUGCCCCAGCGCCAAUGACUCCACUAAAAAAAGGGACAUCGCUGGACGGGCACCCUCUGGCCGAACAAACCCGAACUCGCAAGAAACCUGGAAGGAAAUAAAUCCAGCAAAAAGAACAAAUAGAGGAGAAAUUGAAUAAAAGAAAGCAAAUAAAAGAAAGGGGGAUAAAAGAAAAGUAAAUGGAGUAAAUCUAGUUCCUCUGGGAUGCAGGAUGGCUUUCGUUUUGUUCCUACAGUCGAGGACUUGAAGUUUCCGUGGUCGACAUCUGCACUCUGGAGUUCGGGCUUUU